UGAGGUAUGUGUUUUUCUGUAUGGAUCAAUAUCAUGUUUCAUUUUCAAUCUUUAACUAGCUAGAUUUCUAUAAUCUUGAAAUAUAUAUCACAUUACAUGCCAUGUGUUGACUUAAUAUCUAAAAAAAAGUUGUGGCUAGCUAGACAUGGUUGUAAAAGAGCUAGAAAAUGAUACCGAUACAAACAUUGUGGAAAUAGAAGUUGCAGGAGGAUCGUCUACACGAUCUCAACAUCCCGAGAUUCGGCCUUUUAGGACUCAUUAUCCAGGUCUAGUUAGACUAAAAUCAUAUAUAUUUGAUGGAUAUGGAAAUUAUAGUGAUAAAGAAUGGGACUUAGUUGAAGGCAGUGGGAAAAAGUUCUGUUGGUAUCAUGUUGAACUUCCUAAAGGAAACCAAAAGCUUUCUCAAUCUGCACAAUAUUUAAUCGACGUUCUUUGUCCGCCAUUAAAGUUGCAAGAUAUUCUUGCUUUAGUUAGUAACGGGCCGUAUUGUGCUCAUGUAGAUGGUGCACUUGUGUUUCGGGUCAACUCACCUGGCCCAGCAGCUAGCAAGUUUACAUUUAGAUUGGCUGCUAGAGUUACUGAGAAUUCGGUGAUUACUGUUUCAUUAGGGAGGGUGCCUAGAUUGGGAUUUUCGCCUGUGGGUCAGUCUCUGCUUAGUGAGAUUCCGAGUGUUGAGAGCCCGAGUCCAAGAUUUGGUAGCAAUGAGACAGUGGAUAGGGGUGGCAUUGUGAUCAAAGAACAUGUUCUUGAAUUCUUGUUGACUAUGAAUCAUUCCGAAGAGGCUGAUAAUCCUGUUCCUAGAUCUGUUUCAAAUCUUGUUGUUCAUGUUAUCGAUACACAUGUAGAUCAUCUUGAAGAUGUUGUUACUAAACUUGAGAUUGAGCUUGAUUCAGUUGAAGUUGAUCUGGAUAAAGGUGGAUUUUCUUUGAAGAGACAAUUAUUGGAUGACAGAAGAUUUCCAAAAAUGCAUCUAGACUUGCAACGCCUUUUGCAGGUGAUUACUCAUGGGGAACAAGUGUUCCCGAGAGUGAAAGAAAAGUGUUCAGCAAAAGAUUGGUUUAAAAACGAAGACAUAAAUUCACUUGAAGAGUUAAUUGGGCGGCUGAAAAGACUAAAGGACAAUGUUGGUUUCAUAAGCAAUCGUAUCACAGCCGUCCAGGCUGGUCUUGAUAGUUGGCAGGCUGAACAAAUUAACCGCAAACUAUACUAUCUAUCUUUUCUCUCCAUCAUAUUCCUUCCUCUAUCAAUCAUCACAGGAGUGUUUGGGAUGAACGUGGGAGGCGUGCCUUGGACACAACAAAGAGAUCCGAAGCUGAAAAAUGGUUUCAGAAACGUAAUGUUAGUUUGUGUGACGACAUUAGUUCUUGUUCUGUUAUGCUUCCUAUUUCCAUUUCUUUAUAGACGAAUAACCGGCUGGAGAAGACAAAGAGUUUUAAAAAGAAAUUGGUCAAGUAACCGAAAAUCCUUCCUUAAACGGACCUUUAAUGAUGCAGAAAGAGGAGGCUACCUUCGGCUUUGAGGACAAGUAUUUGUAUAAUUUAUUUUUCUUGGAUGGACUUUUUUCGGCCCAACCUCCCACAAUUUCUACUUCCGCUAAGAAUUAUUUUUUUUGUGCAUCUUUUCUUUCCAAUUUCAAUUGAAUUUGUUCAAAAAAAUUUCAUUGAUCUAUAUUUGUUAAUUCCAUAAAUUGGAUGGCAAGCUAAUAUUAAUGAA